AUGGUUGCCAGUACGAGUACGAUCAAGCCUUGGCUCGUCCAGAAGUAUGGGGGUACCAGUUUAGGAAAGCUGAUGGACACGAUAUGUGGCAGCAUCAUUCCAGACCAUGCUGAAGAACACCAGCUUGUUGUUGUUUGUUCCGCCUUAUCAGGUACACUGAAAGCAAAGGGAACAACAAGUCUAUUGCUGGAAUGCAUUACACUAGCCGAACGCGGAGCCGAAGCCCAGCAGCAGUUGAUAGAAUUGGUUGAUGUCAUCAGAAACAACCACUUGGCCGUGCUGGACUCGAUUUUCGAGACACAAAAAGGCUCCGUGUUUGAAGCCUACGAUAUCCCAAAAACCAAUAUCGUUAAAGAAUGUGAAGACUUGAAGAAAUUCCUGUUGGCCACUCAGAUAGUGGGGGAACUAUCCCCGCGUUCCAGAGAUCGCGUGAUUUCCUUGGGCGAGAAAUUAGCAUGUGUGACUAUCGCGGCAUGUUUGGCAAGCAAGGAUAUUCCCGCAAAAGCAGUCAUAUUAGACGAUGUGGUGUGCGCAGCUUUUGGCGCGUCACCCGAUGACCAGGCCGCUGCGUUAGACAGAUUAGGGUCUAAGUUCUAUCAUGUCAUUGCCGAAGAAAUAGCCGUUCGAAUCAGAGAUUGUGAACCGGCAAUCCCUAUCGUUACAGGGUUCUUUGGUAUAAUGCCAAACUCACUCAUUCAAACUGUUGGUCGUGGAUAUUCAGACUUGUGUGCGGCCAUGUGCGCUGUGGCAGUAGGGGCAAAGGAGCUGCAAAUUUGGAAAGAGGUUGACGGUAUCUUCACCGCUGAUCCCCGAAAGAUCCCUUCGGCUCAACUUCUUCCAUCGGUCACAGCCGAUGAGGCAACGGAACUGACAUAUUACGGAAGUGAGGUCAUACACCCGUUAACGAUGGAUCAAAUCCGCGAAGCGAAUGUUUCACUACGCCUGAAGAACGUUUUCAAGCCGCAUGCCGAAGGGACCGUAAUUGAUCCCAAAUCGACCUCGUCUACAUUUGAGCUCGGUCAGGUCACGAAGGUGGUUUCGCCGCCGGGCGUCCUUCUGAAGAACGAUUUCUCGGUCGGCCGAUUUGAUCGCAGACGGCCAACUGCCGUGACAGUAAAGGACGAUGUACUCCUAGUCCAUGUGAUCUGCAACAGGAACACGAAGUCAGGAGGACUCCUGAUUCAAGUCUUCGACCGGCUUGAGAGGAACAACAUCCCGGUCGACCUUAUAGCGACAAGUGAGAGAAAUGUCAGUCUUGCCGUGCAUUCGCCGGGCAAUUCAAGCGCCGUAUUACGACUCAAAGAGGAGCUCGAGCGCUUUGGUCAAGUCGCCAUCGUGAAGAACAUGUCGAUUGUCACAAUAGUCGGUCAUAAGAUGAGAAGCCAGAUAGGCGUGGCCAGUACGGGUUCGUCAGCAACCACUAUCGUGACAUAUCCCACUAACGCCAGUGUAGACGAAACGCUUGCGGCAUUAGCAGCCGCCAACGUCAACAUCCAUCUCAUAAGCCAGGGAGCAAGUGAGAUCAGCAUAUCGUGA